CUAACCCAGUCUCAGAGCUCUCUCAAGUCCGACUGAGCCAUAGUUUGACCCAGCCUCACUAGAGUAUUAAUGGAAAUCUAAGAUAGCUAAUACUAGUCAGACAUAUGUAAAGAUUCUCCAUUGCAGAAAUUUAAACCCACGCCUUAAUACAUACCUUGAUUACUUGGGAACUUUCUUAGGCCAUUAAACCACCGUCCUUGAUGGUUGACCCAUUUUCACUUGUUAAUUUGUUUGUUCUACUUUGCUUUCUAUUGCAUCGUUUUCUAAUUUGUUUUGGGCUAUUAUUUGAGUUCCCCACCCUUUUCCUUUUUUAUCCUAUUGCAAUUCUCCAUUUCCUCCCAUUCCCCUUACUUGAUUAUAUAAAAAUAAAAAAUCAAGAUAAUUUAUGUUGAUCAUGAAAGUGAAGACUUUUAAGUGAUAUGUUGGUGUGGUUGUAAUGCACUAAAUUGGAUUAGUUGUGUUAUUAUUCUAUAAACUAUUAUUACUUGAGUAACUUAAACUCACGAUUGACUUUCAAUUUUGAUAAUAAUGUGAACUCAAAUGUAAAGUGAGUAUCACUUUUGAUACAUUUAGGUGUGAGCUCUUUUAUGAUCGAAAUUUCGGUAUUUUGGGUGAUCACAUUUAGCAAUGUGGUAACACUACGCCUUAAUAUAGAAUUUAUAAUUGCUUUGAUUUUAAUAAAAGAGAUGAAUUUAAUGGAAAUCAAAUAACAUGGUACUACACAUGACGCCACUUAAAAGUAAAGUCCAAUUUGCGCACACAAGCUUUGAAAAGCUACGUUGAAUAUUCUGUAGAGUUGUGUUGGAGGUCAGAGCUGCAAUUGUUUGAACGCCAAGUUCUGAUCUGCAACUCCAUGGCAAACCAGAUGGGAACAUCCAGCAAGGAAUUAGAGGAUGAGGAGGAGAAUCUCUCCCAGUAUGCUCUGCAGCUUGCAAGCGCAUCACUGUUGCCGAUGGUAUUGAAAGCUGCAGUAGAGCUUGGUGUGCUUGAGAUCAUACACAGAGCUGGUCCAGGAGCCCUUCUCUCUUCUUCCCAAAUAGCCUCCCAGAUCCCCACUCACAGCAACGCAGACUCAUCUUCACUUCUUGAUUGUAUGCUCCGCCUUCUGGCCACCCACUCCAUCCUCAACUGCUCUACUUCCACUGAUCACCAGCAUGGUGGCAUCGUUCUCAGGCUCUAUGGUUUGGCGCCCGUCUCCAAGUACUUCGUCCGGAACCAGAAUGGAGGAUCAAUGGCACCCUUGUUAGACAUGAUACAGGACAAGGCCAUCACCAAUAUCUGGUACCAUUUGAAAGAUGCAGUUCUGGUAGGAGGACUACCAUUUGACAAGGCUCAUGGGAUGAAAGCGAUUGAGUACAUGGGGAAGGAUGCCAGAUUCGGAGAAAUUUUCAAGGGCUCAAUGAAAGAUUUUAACCCAAUGUUGAUGAACAAUAUUCUUGAGAAGUACAAGGGUUUUGAAGGCCUGAAAUCGCUGAUUGAUGUCGGAGGAGGCGACGCCACCAUCCUUAACAUGAUCAUCUCCAAGUACCCUACCAUUAAUGCUGUCAACUUUGACUUGCCUUCUGUCAUAGGAAAGUCACCUUCCUAUCCUGGUAUUGAGCACGUUGCAGGGGACAUGUUUGUAACAAUUCCUAAAGGAGAUGCCAUUUUCAUGAAGUGGAUACUUCACAGUUGGGACGACAAACAUUGCCUGAAGAUACUGAGGAAUUGUUAUGAAGCACUACCAGACCACGGGAAGGUGAUACUGGUAGAUAUGGUGAUCCCAGAAGCCCCUGCAACUACUGAUGCUGAUAAAAGCUUGUCUCAGAUGUAUUUCUUCCUGAUGAAUAUAAACCAGGAGAGAAAGGAGAGGACAGAGAGAGAACUCGAAAGUUUGGCAAAAGAAGCAGGAUUUUCUGGUGUUCAAGUGGCAUGUCGUGCUUAUAACUUUUCAGUUGUUGAGUUGUACAAGAAUAUGUAACAUUUUAGUCAUGACAUGUUCUAUGAUUGUAUCAGUAGACAUCGGCAAAUAAAAAGUCCCCCAGAUAUUGUACUGCAUGAGAGAUAAACAUGCAAAUAGAACCUCUUCCAAUACUCCUUUAUACUUU